AUGCCGUUGACAGCUUCUCAGAAGCUGGGCAAACUAUCAACUGCUGUGUCCAGACUGGACUUGGAAAAGCAGGUGAUGUUGGAGCAACUUGUGCCUAGCAAGAAUAUUGAGUCUGAAAAUUGUUUUAGAAAUGGCAAAAUUGAGCUAGUUGUUAUACAAGAAGACAACUCCAAAGAGGAGUGUGAAGUAGUUGGACGUUUCCCAUUAGUUGGCCCUUGGUGGAGAGUUAAUGUUAAAGCUAAAAAAAUGGGGUCGAAAUACUUUGUGCAAGGAUAUCCAUCAUAUUUUCUGCGGACUGAUAUAGAAGAAAACAACCGACAAGUCUUUUCGCUCUUUCUUAAGGAAUGUGCCGUUCCUGAGGAUUUCAGAGAAAAGUUUUUUACUUGGCUUCCUACUGAGUCUGUGCUGAGUUUUAGAAAUCUUGAAGAAAAGCUAAAACAGUUCCAAGUUUCACACUUAAGGACUGGGAAGAAACAAAGAGACACCAAGCAUUAUGACAUCUUCUACUAUGUUUCAAAAUCAUUUGCAGGAAAGGCGGUGUUGGUGGCUCUGACCUUUCCGAUGAUACUGGAAUUCUUACCAGUUCUUCUGCCACGCCAUUUUUGCUGUCUGUUGAAUAUGGUGUAUUGGCAAAGAGAGACUGAAGAAAACAAUGGUACGGAUGGUGAGGAAGUACAUUUUCAAGACAAGAUGCUAACAAAGUUGGAUGAGAUACUGAAGAACGCGCCGUGGAAACUUGGAUUCAGCAGGAUUACCUAUAGAGAACUGAACCUUUCUUACUGUGAGGCAACGUGGGCUGCCUUUUGUCAGUGUGAACAUCUCCUCUGGAAGAUUCCUGACUUGCAGAAGAACGCAUUAAUGCUGUACGAUCAACUCAAGAAACAGUGUCGGGAAAUGGGACACACUUACGAAGAUCAAGAUGAAUUAGCUCAUUUUGUAUCUAAAGAUAUGUCCAUUGAGCAUGCUUGGCAAUCUCUUGAAUUUUUGAAAGAUCAGAACGUAGUGAUUAGGGAGAAAAGACUAGUGUUUCUGCCUCAUCUUUACAAGUCUGAAAAAGACAUUGCAAUGUAUGUGCGUAACCUGCUGUCAAACCACUCAUGGCAACUGGAUGUUGAUGUGAGAAAGGUACUUAAUGUUUCUGAGACAGCAAGAGAAAUGGAAGAUAACAAAACAAAUGUUACCUGGGCUCAUGAAAUGGAGCAUCUGAAGGAAAAUAGUCCAGACAAUCAUAACUGUGAGCAUCACUUUCCUGAAAAGGAAGAGGGGUCUGCGUCUGGCACCCAAAGUAAAGCAAAGGUAGACAUAGAUCAGGUGAUUGCUAUGGAAAAGAUUUGUUCUAAUCCUGUCACAAUCAUAAGUGGAAAAGGAGGCUGUGGUAAGAGUACCAUUGUCAGCUGCCUUUUUCGUCACUUAAAGCAGAUGGAAGAAGAAGUGGAAGCUGCUUCUAAGGACUUUGAAGAAGACCUGGAUGCAUCUGAGGAAUGGAAUACCUUUGAUCAUCAUUGGGAGUCAGAGAAUGUGUACACAAAAAGAAUUUUGAAUGUACUAUUUACUGCGCCUACAGGGAGGGCAGCAAGCCUUUUGAGUGAAAAAACUAAGCUUCCUGCGUAUACGCUCCAUCAGAUCAUCUAUAGUUUUAAGUCAUGGAGGCAGAGUGAACAAGCACAGCCGUGGAAAUUUUCUACUGUGACGAUUCUGAUUGUGGAUGAAGGAAGUUUGGUGUCUGUACAUGUUCUUAGUUUAGUUUUAAAACUCUUGUGUGAGCACGCUCAGCUUGCCAAACUUAUUAUUCUAGGUGAUACUAGACAACUACCAAGCAUAGACCCGGGAAACAUGUUAGCUGAUAUCUUUGAAGGUCUAAAAUCAAGAGGGUUUUCUGUGGAACUGCGAACUAACCACAGAGCUGAAUCGCAACUAAUUGUAGAUAAUGCAUCAAGAAUCUCUCACCGGAAGCUUCCUGAAUUUGAUGAGGUGCUGAAACUUUCUGGCUGGAAUGAGGAAAUGACAAUGCCGAGCCCGGAGAAGAAAUUCAUUCUUAUGUCUUUGCCUGCUGGUGGGGGUUGUGACAAUUUACAAACUGCCAUAAAGACUUUACUUAAAAGAGGACCGGGAUUGCAGGAUGCCAAGCAAUCACAGUUCAUUGCUUUCAGAAGGCAAGACUGCGAUCUAAUAAAUGAACUUUGCUGCCAGCACUAUUCAAAUCACGUAACGAGAGACCAUAAAAACCGACUCUUAUUUCAAAUUGGUGACAAGAUUUCCUGCAUGCGGAAUACGUAUCUCAAGGAUCUCUUGCCAGACCGUGGUUUCGGAGGGGAUCCCAGUCGCCGUGAAUGCCGAAGUGGAGAAACCACCCUCACUACAGAGACUGCUGAGGAGGGCAGACGGCUGUGCAAUGGAGAUAUCUUUUUCAUAACGGGAGACGUAGAAAUUGAUAAACAGCGCUUACUGACCAUCAGCAGCACAUACGGCUCCACUUUCACUGUGAAGUACAAGGCACUGAAGAGGCUGUGUCAUAUAAAACAUGCAUGGGCCAGAACUAUUCACACCUUUCAGGGUUCUGAGGUAGACACUAUUGUCUACGUGGUUGGCAAUCCUGGCCGUCAGCACUGGCAGCAUGUGUACACAGCCGUGACCAGGGGACGCUGCCGUGUCUAUGUCAUAGCUGAAGAGCUGCACCUCCAGAGAGCAGUCACCAACAAGAACAUGCCCAGAAAAACUCGCCUACAGAGAUUUUUGAGAGAGGCAAUCGCAGAAACAAGCAACUGUCGCAAAGAAACCUCCUCUGCCCUGGAGAAGAGCUGGCAAAGUCAAGAGCUUGAGGCUCCGUCUGCUUUGGUAACUGAAGAUGCUCCUGACCCAUCGGGACCUCGGACUGAUCUGGUUAAACAGGAAGGGUUGACAGCUCUCGGUAGAGAGGAGCAGACGGGCAAUUUGCAGCGAAGCCCCUGUAAAAGACAAGAAAGUCUUGCGGAGAGUGCCGAGGACACUACAACAGUACAAGAUUCCCCGCUUGGGUCUUCCAGACUUAAGAAUCUAACUUUGGGACAAGCAACUCCACGGAAGCUUUUCAAAAGCUAA